GGCGGCUCCCGGGGGCGAGAGCGGCCAGCUCAGCCGCCGCCAACCCCGAGGUCGCAAUUGGCUGCGUUCGCCCCCGCCCCAGCUCUGAUUGGGCGAAGGGCGACCCGGACCCCGCCUCCGCUUCCAAGUUCCGUUAGCAGGCAUCCUACUUUCUCCGCCCCUCCGGUCGCUUGGUUUUUGUCUCAAGACGCAGCGUGAUGACGUAUUCCCCGACAUUCCACAUGCAAGAUGGCCGCAGUCGGCAAGGAGAGACGUCGCUAAGGGGCUUGCCUGAAACGAGGGCAUGGAGCUUUUGGAGAAUGUCUUUAUUCUGAAUGAAAGAAAGGGAAGAGGAUGAAAAAGCAAGAACAGUUUAAAGGAGUUCCUUCUCUCAUGGACCACUUCUGUCCACCCACUCCCAAAUCACAAUAUGCACAUUUGGUUUACAUCACUGAAUUCAGUGAUUUGUGCAGAUGUGAAUUAACUCAAUCCCAUGGCUUGUCUAAGUGAAAGUGCCUACAUGGAAUAAACUGAAAAGGAGUGCUGGAUUGAAGAGAUGGUUAAUUUUGGAACAUAAAUCUUUGCAAAGAUUAAGGCAGGCCUGGGUUUUACUGAAGAAAGGAAUCUGUACCAUCAUUAGAGGACCUGUGUGUCUAGUGAAGAAAAACCAGAAGAAAGUGAGAUGAUUCUAACAUUUUCAGAGAACCUUUUGGAAAGAACAAGUCUACUUCAAUAAAUGAAGGAGAAUAAAGAAAAUUCAAGCCCUUCAGUAACUUCAGCAAACCUGGACCACACAAAACCAUGUUGGUACUGGGAUAAGAAGGACUUGGCUCACACACCCUCACAGCUUGAAGGACUUGAUCCAGCCACUGAGGCCCGGUACCGCCGAGAGGGCGCUCGGUUCAUCUUUGAUGUGGGCACACGUUUGGGGCUACACUAUGAUACCCUGGCAACUGGAAUAAUUUAUUUUCAUCGCUUCUAUAUGUUUCAUUCCUUCAAGCAAUUCCCAAGAUAUGUGACAGGAGCCUGUUGCCUCUUUCUGGCUGGGAAAGUAGAAGAAACACCAAAAAAAUGUAAAGAUAUCAUCAAAACAGCUCGUAGUUUAUUAAAUGAUGUACAGUUUGGCCAGUUUGGAGAUGACCCAAAGGAGGAAGUAAUGGUUCUGGAGAGAAUCUUACUGCAGACCAUCAAGUUUGAUUUACAGGUGGAACACCCAUACCAGUUCCUACUCAAAUAUGCAAAGCAACUCAAAGGUGAUAAAAACAAAAUUCAAAAGUUGGUUCAAAUGGCAUGGACAUUUGUAAAUGACAGUCUCUGCACCACCUUGUCACUGCAGUGGGAACCAGAGAUCAUAGCAGUAGCAGUGAUGUAUCUCGCAGGACGUUUGUGCAAAUUCGAAAUACAAGAAUGGACCUCCAAACCCAUGUAUAGGAGAUGGUGGGAGCAGUUUGUUCAAGAUGUCCCAGUCGACGUUUUGGAAGACAUAUGCCACCAAAUCCUGGAUCUUUACUCACAAGGAAAACAACAGAUGCCUCAUCACACCCCCCAUCAGCUGCAACAGCCCCCAUCUCUUCAGCCUACACCACAAGUGCCGCAAGUACAACAGUCACAACCGUCUCAAGGCUCCGAACCAUCCCAGCCCCAGCAGAAGGACCCCCAGCAACCAGCCCAGCAGCAGCAGCCAGCCCAGCAGCCCAAGAAACCCUCUCCGCAGCCCAGUUCUCCCCGACAGGUUAAGCGAGCCGUGGUUGUAUCUCCCAAAGAAGAGAACAAAGCAGCAGAACCACCACCACCUAAAAUUCCCAAGAUUGAGACCACUCACCCACCGUUGCCUCCAGCCCACCCACCUCCAGACCGGAAGCCUCCCCACGCUGCUGCCUUAGGUGAGGCUGAGCCGCCAGGCCCUGUGGAUGCCACUGACCUCCCCAAAGUCCAGAUUCCUCCUCCGGCCCACCCGGCUCCUGUGCACCAGCCACCACCACUGCCACACCGGCCCCCGCCCCCACCCCCCUCCAGCUACAUAACCGGGAUGUCCACCACCAGCUCCUACAUGUCUGGAGAGGGCUACCAGAGCCUGCAGUCCAUGAUGAAGGCCGAGGGGCCCUCCUACGGCGCCCUGCCCCCCGCCUACGGCCCACCUGCACACCUGCCCUACCACCCCCACGUCUACCCGCCCAACCCACCCCCACCGCCUGUGCCGCCUCCCCCGGCCUCCUUCCCCCCACCUGCCAUCCCACCCCCUACUCCUGGCUACCCCCCACCUCCACCCACCUAUAACCCCAACUUCCCACCCCCACCUCCACGCCUGCCCCCUACCCACGCAGUGCCCCCUCACCCUCCUCCAGGCUUGGGCCUGCCACCAGCCAGCUACCCACCUCCUGCUGUGCCCCCUGGAGGACAGCCCCCCGUGCCCCCGCCCAUUCCCCCACCCGGCAUGCCUCCAGUUGGGGGGCUGGGGCGGGCAGCCUGGAUGAGAUAACGGGAGCCUUUUUUCCCUUUUUUUUUUUUUUUUUUUAAACAAGUUUUUGUAAUCAACUUGCAGAGUAGUUGAAGUGGGAAAGCAGCAGGGUACCUUGUAUAAUGCGUGACCAUUGCAGUAUGGGAGGAAUGGACCAGGCCCCUGGGAUAGAAUCGGGGUGGUCCUCAUCUGGAGGACGGGGACAGCCAGCUUUCAGAGUAGUCUCAUCAGUGCCCUUGCAGUCUGACCGUGUACACUUGGUUCAGCUCACGUCUGAGUCCUGCACUGGGUUACUUUAUACUAGUGAAGAUGUUAACCAGCCAUAUUGGCUCAAUAAAUAGCUUCGGUAAGGAGUUAAUUUCCUUCUAGAAAUCAGUGCCUACUUUUCCUGGAAACUCCAUUUUAAAUAGUCCAAUUCCAUCUGAAGUCAAGCUGUUGUCAUUUUCAUUCAAUGACGUUCUCUCCCAUGACACCCAGAAGGGUCAGAAGAACCACACUUUUCAUUUAUAGAUGUUUGCAUCCUUUGUAUUAAAAUUGUUUUGAAGGGGUUGCCUGUUGGAUGGCUUUUUUCUUUUUCCUCCAGGGAGAAGGGGAGAAAUGUAUUUGGAAAGUAAUGUAUGUUUACAUCUAUUUGCAAAUUCCUGUACAUAGAGAUAUAUUUUUUAAGUGUGAAUGUAACAACAUACUGUGAAUUCCAUCUUGGUUACAAAUGAGACUCCUUCAGUCAGUUAUCCAAAUAAAAGCAGUUCUGAAACUA